CUUGGCGGCAGCAGCAACAGCAGCAGCAGCAACGGAGUUGCCACAUAUCUGAGCAUAAACACACAAUGCAGACCACAACAGGAUAAGAGAGGGAACACAGAGGUGACAUGAUCUCACAGCUCAUCCUGGGAUGUUAUUUUAAGUGAACCUUCACUAGAAUUCACAACUGACUGACAUGUAAUGAAGACACUCUCUUCAGAGUCCGAGGGAAAGUCUUUUCUUCCACCAUGAGUCUGGGAAAAUUGCCAGGGAUUAAGGGCCUUGUGCCCAGCUCACAGGGGAAACGCCGCUUCAAGAGUGACCUCUCAGUGGACAUGAUCAGUUCGCCGCUGGGCGACUUCCGACACACGAUGCAUGUCGGCCGUGGCGGGGACGUGUUUGGUGACACUUCCUUCCUCAGCAACUACGGUGGCACCAAGGAGCCAGGAAGUCCAGAAUCGUCAGAGAGUUCCAAGACGCGGUUCUUCACACGUACGUUUCGGCACGUACGUGUGAAGAACCCCGGACCACGACCUCGACGGGGUUCUCGGGACUUGUCAUCCCUGCCACCGGAAAUCUCACCCAUCAUCAAGAAUGCCAUCUCUCUGCCUCAGCUCAACGUGGACUCUCCCAACGGCUGCCUACAGAGGAUGCUGUUCCCCACAUCUGUCAGCACAACAGACGACUCGUUCUGUGCCUACGGCCUGCAGUCUGGCUUUGUCACGCUGCCUCGACUCUCUCGCCUGGACAGACAGUUCCUCCAGGGUGACGUCCAAAAAGAACCUCUCACCGACAGCGAUAGCUUCACGCUGACGCGUUCCGACUCUCUCGCAUCAUUCACCGUUGACCUGGGCCCGUCCCUCAUGUCUGAGGUGCUCAGUUUGAUUGACAACCCAGGUUGUUUUCAGAUGUCCAACCACAGCCAGGAAACCGAGGAGGAAGCUGCAGACGAGGGUGAAGAGGGUGAGGAGAACAGCUCUCUAACAGAAACCCGGGUGCCAAGUCCUGAGGCAACUUCACCCAACUCCUCCAUGAGCAGUAGAGGGCGCUCUCAUAGCUCAAACGCGACCGGGCAGGAGGUCAAGAGGUCUGCGAGGACACCAGAUGCGUCUGUUGGUUCUCCACAGAGAGUAGAACCAGUGAUGGAGGCGGAACAGUUCCAGAGAGCAGCUGAUGUUCUGUCUCGUCACUACGGUGGAGGGUCCUUCACGAAGGCAAAGAGAACGAGCAAUAACGCAGCUCCUUCUCCUUUUUCCUACAGCCGUAAAUCACCGUAUCGUUUCUCUGAAGAGGAGGAGGAAGAGAUCAAGGUCUAGUUGAACGACUCGAGACGAAGAUCUUGUUCCUGGACUUUUGGUUCUCUCCCUAAAUGCUGUUGUCUUAAUAAAACUGUGUAUUUAUAAUAGAAAUGAGUCACAACACAACUGUGAAUCUGUCAGAUCGGAGACAAUGGAUUUAGAAGGACAGUAUAUGUACAUAACACUACAAUCCAGACGUUGUUUACAUAUUCUUAAACAUAUGCAUCAGUAAUUAAUUGUCCAUGUUUGUUAUCAGGUCAUUAAACGCACCUUUUUUUUUACAGUUGCAUUUGUGAGUUUGCCUUUACUGUAAAUGGUUAACUCUUAAAGUUUCCCCUGUCUGGAAUAUUUCAGUGUGUAUCCAAGAACACACCUUACAGCCAGUCCUACAUAUUUUCAAAACUGGUAUUCCGCUGUUUCAGCAAAAUGUGAUA